GCAUCCUGAAAGAAGUGUGAGCGAGCAGCGGCACCAGUAACAUUAAACAUCAGUUCAGCUACCGAAUUAAACUACAUUUUCGCAUUCAGAGAUCGAAGUGAAACCCAUUAAGUGUCUUUACGCUGUGAAUGGAUCAUGGAGUGUGUUCCUGCUGUUCUAGAUGAGUUGGAUGGUAAAAAGGAGGCGCACAUAGAGGAUCCUGAGUAUAAUGUGUACACCCGCUUCAUGAAGUCCCACCGCUGCUAUGACCUGGUGCCCACCAGCUCAAAGUUAGUGGUGUUUGACACUUCUCUCCAGGUGAAGAAGGCGUUCUUUGCUCUGGUGUCUAAUGGGGUGAGAGCAGCGCCUCUCUGGGACAGCAAGAAGCAAUGCUUUGUUGGUAUGCUGACCAUCACAGAUUUCAUCAAUAUACUUCAUCGCUAUUACAAGUCUCCUCUGGUCCAGAUAUAUGAGCUAGAAGAACACAAAAUAGAGACAUGGAGAGAGGUCUACUUGCAAGAUUCCUUCAAGCCUCUCGUGAGCAUAUCACCCAAUGCCAGCCUUUAUGAUGCAGUUUCAUCUCUACUGAAGCAUAAGAUCCACAGAUUACCUGUGAUUGAUCCUCUAACGGGAAACACACUCUACAUCCUGACACACAAGAGGAUCCUCAAAUUCCUGAAACUUUUUAUAUCUGAAAUCCCCAAACCUGCGUUUCUGUCUCAAACGCUGGAGGAGUUGAACAUCGGGACGUUUCACAACAUCGCAGUGGUUCACGCUGAUACGCCGCUCUACUCCGCGCUGGGCAUCUUCGUGGAUCAGAGAGUGUCCGCUCUCCCUGUGGUGGAUGAAAAUGGACAUGUGACUGACAUCUAUUCCAAGUUUGAUGUUAUAAACCUGGCAGCUGAGAAGACGUAUAAUAACCUGGACAUCACCGUGACUAAAGCCCUCCAGCAUCGCUCGCAGUAUUUCGAGGGUGUGCUGACCUGUCGAGCCAGCGAGACCCUCGAGGCCAUUAUUAACCGUCUGGUGGAGGCUGAGGUUCACAGGCUAGUGAUCGUGGAUGAGCAGGAAGUGGUGAAAGGCAUCGUCUCUCUGUCUGAUAUCCUGCAGUCUUUGGUGCUCACCAGUGGAGACGACGGCAGUGCUUGAUGAAGAAGAGUGAAGAGUUUCCUUCUCUCUCUAUAAGCUGGAAGGUGCUCCAGAAAUGGAAAACAUCUAUGAUAUGCAACCAUCUCAAAAACAGGAGUUGAUGAAGCACCACAGAUUUAUUAACAGAGAUCCGGCUGCUCCCGCCAGGAAAGAGACAUGCUCAGAAAUGCAAUUGCUUUUCUAAGAAGAAACUCGUUUAAUAAUUGAGUCCCUGUACCACUUCAGGGAGAGGGAAAGGAAAUAUCAUUUUUAGCUUCAAAUUAUUUUAGUUCUGUCGCUCGGCACACUCUUUUUGCUGAAGAGGCAUCCGUCGUUCACAUUAUUGUCCUCUUCUUCUGUCCUCACAGAAGGAACACACGUGGAAAUGC